CGAGCGACACCUUUACGGAUGGAAGCGGUCUCGACGGGGUGGGCUACGCGCGACCACGCUCCUGCUCGGUGCCGCGUGUCACUUUCGAAGCGGCGUCCCUCCAGCUGCCGCACGGACAUGGCCCACUCAUCCGCAGUGCCACCACGGAGGGGGCCUACACGGGUUCAUCGGUGAGCAAGCCCGCUGCGGCAGGCCUCGCGACAUCUGCGACCGUCGCUGGGCCCGCCGCGCCACAGUCGGCCACCUCUGUCCCACAGCCUGUCCAACAGUCGCUCCUCACGGCGUGCGAGGCGGUGGCUCCAGCGCACGGACCCCUGUGCGAACUGCCCGGCGUACACCUGACUAUCCUGAAGCUGCUCUACGAGUGGACCUGCAUUUGCCCCGGUGACUUGCGCAUCCGCGAGUUCCGAGAUUUUGUCAACCGUCUCGCGUGCAUGGGCGACGCCUACAAGGAGUGGGCCGACGAGCUACGCAGGAACGCCGACCUCAAGGAACUGGAAAAAGAUGACGUCAAACCAGACGAUCUCGAGGCGAUUCACGAUGAGUACAGCAAGCUGCGAGACUUGGUGGUGAACGGCGACCUGUUGUGCUCCAAAGAGGAGGCAGCCGUGUUAGCGGGCGUACAGCUCCGCAUUGAAGAAACCUGGCCCAGCAACGCACGCACGCGCCAUGUCCUCGGCUCAGAGCAGCUCGGAAAGCUCGUCCCCAUCACCGAAGAUGCCAAGGAAGGCCUGAUCCCCGAGCCGCCGGGCCCCGGCGAAAGCAGCAGGAUGUCGUCGGCGGAGGCUGACGACAGCCCCGCCGAGUCCUCCGACGGGGCCUGCGAGCCGGCCACGCCCACGAGCCGCUCGCCGGGCAGCUUCUUGCGCGCGGUGCCCAAGCGACGGUCGCUCAUACUUCGCCAAUGGAUCGGGUCGAACGGGAACCGCUCGCCAACGGGGCUGCACAACGCGGUUAGCCUCAAGGAGUGCCUGCCGCCCUGCUACCACACCGCCAAGAACAUCGGCAAGACCAUCAAGGAACAGAAGCGCAAACUGUUUCACUCACCGCUGUACGAAAGCGAGAUCCAUCUCAAGAGACUGUACAUCCAAACAUGCAAGCGGCUGCCCUCAUACGGCUGCCAUGUGUUCCAAGUGAAAGAGCUGCUCCGAGGAAAGACAAAGAAGCGGGCGCACCGCGUCCUGGGCAUCGGCAUCGAGCACGUGGUUCUGCUGGACAGCAAGACGCUGGUGCUGGCGAAGUCGCAGCACACGAGCGAGCUGCAGCAGUGGCGCGCCGGCGGAGGUCGCUCGCACGACCGACUGGUGCUCGAGUUUCGUGGCACCAAGUGGUCCUUCGUGGCGGCCCAGUCGCUGCGCUCCAUCAGCUCGGUGCUCUGGGAGAUCAUGCAGGACCUGGACGCACGCUUCCUGGAUGAGCAUCUCAUCACCACGCGUGAAGAGCUCGACAAAGAAAGCCACCGCAACAUGGUUUCGGUGCACGGUCUGGAGCGAGCCACCAUCUACAAGGAAGAGCUGGAGAGGCUGCAAGGCCUGCUGCAUUUUCCCGAAGAGGUGGCUGUGCGGCUUACCGAUGUCGAGUACGAGCUCUUCUACAGUGUCAGCCCAGUCCACUACAUACGCCAGGUGACCGUCGACCUUAGCGGAAAGGCGGCCACCUUCAACGCGGGCGACAAAGACCGGACCGUGCAGACACUGAUCAAGCGCUUCAAUGAAGUGAGUUCAUGGGUGACGCACAUCAUCAUAUCGCAACCGACGCACGAAGACCGCAAAGCUGUACUGUCGUGCAUUCUGCGAAUCGCCAUGUGCUGUUGGAACAUCGGAAACUUCAACACGGCGAUGGAAGUCCUGGCUGGACUAAAGUCCGAGAAGCUGAAGCCCUUCUGGCUGUCGCUGUCCGACAAGGACCAGCUUCCGGUGCUGGAGUUCCUCAGCCAGGCUUUGCUGAAUCCGGAGCCUUCGGAAGAGUACCGGGCCGCCGUGGAGAGGGCGCUCAACAUCCCGCACUCCAAGGUCAUUCCCUUCUUCGGCACUUUUCUUCGAGACCUGCGCGCCAUUCUCCAAGGCAUGCCCAGCCUCGUCGUGUUGCCCUCGGAAAAAGCCAAGAAAAUCGAGUUUGUGUCCGAUUUCCACGGCGAAGAUCAUUUCAUGACCCGCAUCGGGGUGGGAGGAAUCAUCAAUGUUGAGAAGAUUCACCAGGCACAUCGUGUCCUCGACGACAUCAAAGCAUUCCAUCAUCACUACAAGUGCAGGGAACACGCCCUCGCUCAGGUCGCCAUCAACAGCAAGGAAGUCAGGCGCGAGGAGACCAACUGCAAGGAAGACAACAGCCUCUACCUGCAAGACCCGGAGGCUUACAUUCCGAUCCAGGAGCUGGCCAACGACCACCACAUCAGCAUGGUUCCGCUCACUGUGGACCGGGUCGACUUCCACCAGCUACAGAUCCUGCACCACGGCUGCACCAUGGUUCACUGGGAGGAAGACGGCUCGCGUUCCUCGCUCUGCUACGUGCGCCUCGAGCGCAGCAAUGCCACCAUCACCUGGUGCAAGCCCGCAUGGAGCGCGCUCCGGGGCUCCGGACCGCAGGACUACGCGCUGAGCUUCAACAUCGAGGACAGCGUGCCGAUCGGAUUGAGCCAGAAGUACGACACGGGCGAAUCCUACCUUUCCAGUCUCGAAGAGGGCUUCCUCGACCUCAACGUCGUCAAGGAGAUAGUGUUGUGCCGCAGCUCCAUCGAGGUCGCCGCCGUGGCGAAGCGCCACGGCCUCGAAGACUCAUUCAGCGACCAGAACCUGCUGCGGUUCAAGUUCGGCGUUGGCCUGUCCGAGAACCGCGUGCUGGAGUUUAUCCUGCCAAACUUCCUGUCCGUAAUUUGGUACGACAGUCUGCGCCGGCUGGUGUCCAUGCUCAAACAGCAGCGUCAGCUCUGCGAUGGACGCAUCCACUGGCUCAAGGAGAGCUACCUCCAGCUAUACUUCCGCGAGCAGAGCUGCAUCGGCCCGACGCCUGCCGAGGCGAUCAAGGUCUUCGGUGGAAGAAAAUGGACGCUGAAUUCCCUAGGAAGCAGUUCUUCAGUCGAAUCAACAUCCUCAGCAUUCAAGAGGGCUUCGAGUUUUGGAAUGAGUACGACUAAGCUGCGGAAAAAGAAGUCUUCUACAUCACUAGCAACUGUCCGGGACGUGGGCCCAAAGUACCUGCCGGAGACGGACGACACCGGCCUGACGAGGAAGAGUCCGACGAUCAAAAAGCGUCGCGCCACGGUGAAGUCGUCACCGCAGCUUCGAUCUCAAGAGUCGAGUCCGCAGAGGACGAGCGUGUCGCGCAGUUCCUCGUCCUGCGAGAACCUCAACCGCACCGAAGGUGGCAUCCCGCUUGUCCACCCGACGCCUCUUGCUACGGGAUACAAGGAACGGUCAUUCCAAGUAACGCCGAGCACUUCGAAAGCAUCAUCUCUUCUGAGCCGCCCCACCAUCACUCACUCCAGCCAGAUGAACUUCCUCGAGUUCGCUGAGCUCUUUCGCUCUUUUAUGGUGCGCUGUCGCAAGGACCUGAAGGACAUCUUUGAAAGCGUAGCCACCAACUCCAAAGUGACAGCCAGCGAACUUGCUGCUGAGGAAAUGGCCUCACCAAAAUCAUGUAGGACGAGACCGAAAGUGCUUGGACUUUUGACACGAACUAGCAAGUACGAGUACGUGGACCCUGAACAGAAAAAGAUUUGUGACGCCAUUGCCACCGCCAGCAUCGUGUCCAACUGUGCCGGGGUCGACAGCUCAAAAAGGCUAGUCUUGGAGUGUGCUGAUUUCAAGAAGUUUUUGGCGACUCACCAGAAGGAAGAAAUGACUGAGGAAGAGGUUAUCAGGCUUAUUCAGCGACAUGAGCCUGAUAACGUCCUCAGAGAAAAGAACCUUCUGUCUUUCGAAGGCUUUGCAAGAUACCUCUUGGACAAGGACAACUACGCUUUCGUGCCGGAGAUAAUUCCGCCCGGUGCGAAUACGAACAUGGACAAGCCUCUUUCUCACUACUACAUCGCUUCGUCUCACAAUACCUACUUGACCGGCCAUCAGCUCAAAGGAGAGUCAUCCGUGGAGCUGUACAGCGAGGUACUACUAAGAGGUUGCCGAUGCGUAGAGCUCGACUGUUGGGACGGUGACGACGGAAUACCUGUCAUCUAUCAUGGCCACACUCUUACUUCGAAAAUUCCAUUCAAGAGCGUGGUGGAAGCAAUUCACAAGAGCUCGUUCGCCACGUCACCUUUCCCUAUCAUUUUGUCCAUCGAGAAUCACUGCUCCCUACCGCAGCAAGCGAAAAUGGCCCAGAUUUUUACGAACGUUUUCGGGGACAGGCUUCAAACACAGUUUCUCUUUUCUAACGACGUCUGCGACGAGGCCCGCCUGCCGUCACCGAACCAGCUGCGUUACAAGGUGCUAAUAAAGAACAAGAAACUCAGGCCGCCACUGACGCCAGCGCUGACCCUCAGGUCCACCAAGGGCGUUCCGCAAGCGAAGAUUGCGCCCGGCCGGACGAACAGCAUCAUCUCCACAGCAAGCACAGGGUCUCUCAACGACGAGGAUGAAGAGGAUUAUGAGGAUUACGAUGAAGAGGACGAUAACCUAGAAGAGUCCUUGUCGAGCCAAGAGGGUUCGUGCAAGGAAGCGCACGCCAUGCGGCAUCCGGGUACGCUGAGCCCCGGCGUGCCGCACCCUCGCUCGCGCAACCCGGCCGACGCCGAGUACAUGCAAAGCGAUGACGACGGCUACAAGCAGCGAAAGUCCAGCUCCCAGAUAGCGCCCGAGCUCUCCGACCUGGUCACCUACUGCCAGGCCAUCAAGUUCAGAGGUUUCGUCAACUGCCCGUCACCGACCAACUCCGUCAAAGUGAAGAAAGUGAGCAGCAAAAAGAACGUGCUUGCUUCGGCCGGAUCGCCGCUGGGCGCCACCACGCCUCUGCAGACAUCAGAGCCCAAGCACGACACCCCGACGCCAUCGACUGCCUCGGUGUCUACAUCGGCUCCUUCGUCGACAAAACGCCACUGCUCCAAUUCAGUGUGCUUCCAGGUGUCUUCCAUGAACGAAAGUGCUGCCAAACGCCUCAGCAAGCGCCAUCCGCUCGCCCUCAUCACGCAUUGCGAGAACCAACUGAUGCGUACAUAUCCUGCCGGAAUGAGAAUAGACUCGUCCAACUUCAACCCAGUGGCAUUCUGGGCCUUUGGACUGCAGAUGGUUGCGCUCAACUAUCAGACUGAAGACACCGGCCUACACAUAAACACUGCCAUGUUCGAGCAGAACGGCAGUUGCGGCUACGUUCUCAAGCCCAGCGCCAUGUGGGACAAGAACAACAUCAUGCACGGCCAGUACAACCCGUGGGACAAGGAAUUCGACGGCAUCCAUCCCCUCAACCUUCAUAUCACUGUGAUCUCCGGCCAAUACGUGUGUCAGAACACGUACGCCUGCAGCCCCCAGGUGGACGUCGAAGUGGUGGGCGUGCCGCUCGACUGCAAUCGCCAGAAAACCAAGAUCGUACAGCGCAACUCCCUCAACCCCAUCUGGCAAGACAGCUUCUGCUUCCGGAUCGCUUUCGCCGAAUUGGCUUUUCUACGCUUCUCUGUUAUCGACGUGAUGACAAAUCACAUGCUCACUCAAAGAGUAAUUCCCGUCAAGAGCCUGAAGCAAGGUUACAGGCACGUGCGCUUGCGCAGCCCUCAGAACCAGCCGCUUCCUCUGUCGUCGCUCUUCGUGUACUCCGAGUUCGAGGAAGAAGGGCUGGAAGUGGUCCAUCAGAAUGGAGACCUGCUUGAAGGCGCCAUCCCCAAGAAGGCCAAGGGAAAGACCAAGGAGAUAUCCACAUCCGAAAGCAUUCGUUGCGACGGCAAAGAUAACCUGGUCGCCGGAAGUCAGGGUCUGAAGCGAAGAAUGUUUUUCCUAGUGGUGCACGGUGUGAUGCCCGAUGAACCGAAAACAAUACUGAAGAUAACGGAGGACACCACAUCGCGAGAAGUAAUCGCUCAAGCGCUUCAUAAGGCCAACAAGGCGAGCGACUGUCUCGACGACUAUGUCCUCAUGGAGGAGACGCAGAAGAAUUGGGACCGAGUUACCCAGGAAAAAAGUACCACGCAGAGGAUCCUGGACCCGGACGAAUGCCCGCUGCUGUCGCAAACGACGGGCGCCAACAUGGAGAGCCGUUUUAUACUCAAGAAAUUGGCAGACGAUCCGAGCACACGAGCGUGGAUGACGACCAUCAAAUCUUCGAGCAACAAGGAGCGUCGCAAAGCGGACUCCGGCGCGAGCGGCGGCCUCACAGAGUGGAGCGACGGCGAGGAGACGCAGACCUAUUUGGUCUGUGUCUACAACGUGUCCGCCGACCAGCCGUACGCGAUUCUGAAGGCUCCCAUAAGCAGCACUGCUCAGGAUAUUAUUGCUCAGGCUCUGAUGAAGGCCCGGCGCGCGGAGGACCCAAUCAACUUUGUGCUCGUGGAGCAGAUGGAGUACCCGUCUCCACUGACCGAAACCCCGCCGACAGCCGGCUCUUCGGUGCGACGCCGGGGCCUCAGCCGUGGUCGACGCACCCUCUUCGACGACGAGAACGUCUACGAGGUGCAGGCCCAGUGGAAGGCCCGCGGAUGGUUCGAACUGAGGGAGCGAAACGAGGGCUUGAGUGAACGGCGAAAGAUGAACGCCCCUAAAAGCUCCAGCUUUUAUCGCCUCAGUCGUCUACGCAGCUCAAUUAAAUCCAAAGAGCGUGACAAGUCAUGCCCGUCGCCGAAGCAGUCGCCGGUGCGCUCAGCGGCGGCCGGCAGCCCCAGCGCCGGAGCGUCCGCUCGGGAGCCGUGCACGAGCCGCGAGGUCCACGAGCCCCGCCAGGUGCACAGCGAGGGCGAGACGCUAUCCGACGACGACGCGCCUCCGGCCGCCAUGGCGGCGCGCCUGCGAAAGAUCUCCUUCCGCAAACUCAAGGUGUGGCGCUGACCGGCCGGCGCACGUGCAUUUCGAGCCGCGGGCUGACGCUGGCAGCCGCCGUGCGCCAGCCCCUCCACCACGUGGGUGUUCAACGGCCUUCAUCGGGUGCGCGGGCCACGGCCGGACAAUCUAGUCCACCGCGACUGAAGCGCGCCGGCGCUUGGUGCUCCUCCGGCCAUCUGAAAACAGCGCGCGCGCGCACACACUAGUCAUACGGGGGCCCCACCAACGCCCUGUUGUUGGCUGCGCGUCGACUGUCUCUGGUCAUACGCGCACGUCACUUGUUGCUAGAGAGCCGCGUGCACACACCCGCGAGCCUAUCUAUAUAAAUAUAUAUUAAUGUAUGUACAUAUACAUAUUCUAUAUUUACACGACGCAUUCUAUCGCGCCUCGCAAACCGUUGUUGACUGGGCGGCCCCUCUCCUCGGCGGUCCCUCUCUGGCAGAGAGCGAAGGAGGAGGCGCGGCGCCCUCGUCAGACCAAAAGAGUAUUUUCUCUGCGAACCGAAGAGCCCCGGCUUGGCGGUUCUCCUCUUCUUCUUCGUCCGUGUGCGUGUGACCGUAUUCAAUAAGCUGCCCAAGUUGUUCCCAUCCACAAACAUCAUCAGGUGUGCCGUUGCACCGAUUGUUAUCCGUGUCUUUGUAUCAUACACCGCUGCUUAUUUUUCUUUCUUUUUGUGUUUUCUCCAAGAAGUCUAUAUAUUUUACGUGGCGAGCUUCUUGGGGACUUGGGUUGUCGAACACUCAUCGCUACAGCAGUGACAGCACUCAGUACUUCAACCGAUCUGCAGUGGGUCGCCACUUCUUCUGUUUGCUUGUUCCGCACGACAGACCGCAAGGCUUCGGUGCGCAGUGCUGUCUGGGCUCGGCGAAAUCCGAGUGAGAGGUGUGUACGUUGUAGUCUGUGCUUUUCGGAUGUGUCUCGGUGGGGAUAACGACGGUGGGGAGGGCUUUCGGGAAGGGAGGGGAAGGGCCCUCCGCGCUGCCUUCUCGUGGUGGCGGAGGGAGCGAAGAUCGGGCUUGGAAUCUCGCAUCUUCAGUUGCGCAACUUGCAGUACCUCGACCUGUCAAAGGCAUCCUGUAGCUCAGUGUUUCGAAGGCCUGACUGAAUAACAAGUCUUUCAGAGCGUGCUAUUCUCGUCACGUGUGUUGCCGUUGAUGUCUCCUUUCUCCGACCUUACAGUAAGCGACUCCUUAGGGCGUUGUAAGGUCCCUCCACCAACGUACUUCUCAACCCUACCUGAACGGUGUACGCCACUCGGCUCUCUUGUGUAUAAAGCCAGCCGCUGCCGCAGGCCCCACUUGGCUUCCUUGCUGACACUUCGUGGCGCGCACGUGUGACUGGUCGUGUGAAGUCUGUAGACAGGAAGAGAGAGAGAACAAAUAGCAAUCGUUGAUUGGCCCCUUGUACCGGAGCCUUAGUAUGGCAAGGGUCCUGAGCUGGAAUGACUGGAACGAGAGCUGUGCCCACUGAGAAGUCUUUGUUUAGUCACUGCUUUAUUACCGGCAUACUUAAAUAUUCACCGCUUCAAGGUAUUGUAAGGGCGUGGCUUGAACAGGCGGGAAAAUAGCGUGUGCCAUAGAGUAAAUAAUACCAAUGACAAUUAACUUCGACAGAAUAAUAUCCAAGAGCGAUAAGAGACGCGAUCGAGACGCAAAACUAAGUUAUACUUGUCUGCAAGGUAUAUGCUGUGAAAUAUUGAUAGGAAAUAUCAAACCAUUGCAUAUACCUGUCGGAAUAUUGUUAAAACUUCACUGGAGGCUGUCGAUUUCUCACGUCGUCUGUCGUGCGUGGCGUCAAUGAUCGAGUAUUGAGAUACGAAUGGGACAUUUUAUUUUAUUUUAUUUUAUUUCUGUAAUAAUGGCUAUGACGCUAUGGUGAAGAAUGAAUAAGCUUUUAUGGACGGUUGAGCAGCACGGUAAGGAAGCGCGAGCGUAAUCCUAACAUCGUAUGCGGCUAUAACAUCCUAAAUCAGAUGGUAAGCAGUUAAGAUAUCCUAACGAAGUUGAUAGAAUAGAUACGAGGUAUAAGUGUGGUUGGCGUUCUUGCUCCAUUUAGAAAGGUUUUGCAAAGUGUGAGUGGAUUCCAGAUGAGGCGAAGACCACGAAACGCAUGAAAUUUGCUAGUGCGUGAACCUGAGUAGAAAUAUUGAAAUAUGCGAGCCUCACGAGAACAGUGUGAAUGAAUUGCACUAUAUCUUCGACCACUAAGUUACUGCGUAUUAGAAUGAAACAACGUAAGAGGCAUAAACACACUGUCCGCACCAAUACACUCAGUCUGUGCUUGAGAAUGACACUGUAGGAGAGUUAGGAGUGCGCGCACUCUCUCUCUCAAAGGUUCAAAGGUGGCACCAAAUAAAAGCGCGAGUUAACAAUGGCGAGUUAAAGAGCGAUUGCGCAAUUCUACUUUAGGUUGUACUACCCAUUUGUGUGGGUAGUACAUCUUCCAUAAAUAAAUGUUAAAAGCCAUGAGUGUGGCUCAAAAAAUAUAUCAUCGUGGGUCUUUACCUUGCUUGUUUUUGACGGGCUAGCUAAUGUGGGACAUUUUUAGAUUUAUUUAAUAUACACCCGUAUAUUUCACCCGUGCCUAAUCUCAGCGUGAAACAUACCUUAUCUAGAAAAUGCAGUAGGCUUGUUAAUGGUUAAUGUUGAUAAGGCGGUUGUGUGGUAUGAAAAGUGAACGCACUCUGUAGGUAGCCAUGGUGCCAGUUAUGUUGGUGACAGCUUCAUCAAGGCGACAGACGUAUGAGACGGCUAGUUGACUUUGUUAAAGGCAGGCAAACUUUUUAUCACAGGUAGACUUUAGGAACGCUAUUAUGGUACGCCGGUGGCCGUCGUUGUUUUCGUUAGACAGGCAAUCAAGUCUAGCUAAACCACGGACAAGCAUUAUUGAGUAACAUUGCCAUGACAAGGACAUGGGGAUCGGAUGAUACCGAGUGUAAAGAAGUAUAUUUAUGAGCAACAAGUAUCUGACCAAAAACCGUUCAUCAAACAUAGGUGAUUCGGAGUCAAUUGUAUAUCAGAGUUGGCAUAAUUCGCAUACUUGGAAAUAUUAUGCAGAAUAGAUUAGAAAUGCAUACGGGCAGCAGUUUAUUAUUGUCCUGCGUCUUUAAGCGAAACGCCAUAAGAGAACUAGAGCUUCUGCUGUGCGCUCCUAAAGUCCUCGUUUUCGAAAUUUUUUGGCGUCGUAACUUUCGAUAUGGCACAGCCUGUCCGCUUUUGAGCGGGGAAAUGCCAGCAAACAGAAAAGAAGACGAAAAAGACAGAGGGAGACGCAAAGUUGAAAGUAAGGUUGGUUGUACAGACAAAGUUGCUUGCUGGCAUUCGCCUGCUCAAAACUAUGUAUCAAAUCGCCCGACAAGCUACCCUCAUGAACUUGUGUGCUUAAGCGUCUCAUGACUGAGUCACUAGCUUGCUCGGAAUUUUACGGUAUAGGAAAACAUUGUGGUGAGUCGCCCGUGAAGUCAUCUCAUGAACAUUCUCUAGGCUUUAGUGACUUCGCCGUGUGUGUGUGGUCCACACUAUGUGCUGCCAGGCAGUAAAGGCCACUGUGAUGUCGACCAUUAUCGCAGUAUAAACAAACAUAUCUUAAGUGAUUAAUAAAGCACAGCGCUUUAUACUUCCUAUACCAAAGUAGCACUUACGUUAACAUCGUUUAGCAGGUGUAGAAGCUCUUUGUUUAUUUUUUUAUCUAUAUGCUAUCUUACAAACCACGAACCACAAUCCUGCAAUCACUGAGCUUAGACUGAAAGCUAUCUGGCUUCAGCAAGACUCCCAACACAAGUUUGCGUGUCUUGAAUUCUGAUACUAAUUUCUAAGAAAACAUUUGUAUGGAUAUCGAAUGUGCAGGCAACAAUUAAAGCAGGAAUGCUUCAAAUGAAUAGGAAAUGUAGCACUUGAAAAGCCGCUUAGGGCUCCUCAUGUCUUUGUUUGUAUAAUGUAUCCGCUUCGUGCUUUACUCUCAUCUAUGUCUGCGUAUUGACUAAGGGCACAUUAAACAUCAGAUAAAAGCGUUUCGAUGAAGGACGAAGCAUUCAAGCCAAGCAUAUGGUGGGUCUGACUACCUUCGUUUCUCACAUCGGUCAAAUGCAGCGAAUAAACGUGCAUAAAUCUAAGCAAAAAGUCACGACAUAAAGAGGCAAAAAGAAGUAGAAGAGGUAAAAGCAUGGGCCUAAUUGUUUCAUGGCACUUUACUGUGUAGCUGAGAUUGCGUUCAUGAAGGCAAUGACACGGCAGGAGUUCCUUUAGUUAUAAAGUCUGGCCAAAAUACCAUCAAAUCGAACGAGCGUUGUAGUUUUCGUCAACUAGUCGUAAAAUUUUGGGUGCACCCCUACUAAACUUAACACACAAGUAGUGCUGAAGACGACGUACUGCCUAAUUUAUUCUGAAUUUUGUACAUAGGCUCCGUCAUAAGUUGCACAUAUCUGAUCUAGAUGCAGAGGGAUAUGAAGAGUUUGGGUAGUUGAAAAAACAUGAAAUCACUUUCGUAAUCAGAGUUACUUCUUCAGUUAUGCAGACGCAAUACGUCUCUAGAAUGACAUAGUAUUAACCGAGCACUGUUAUGUACAAAUAUAUCGGCAAGGAUUAGCUGCGUCUUAGUAGCCGAUGCAUUUCGUGGCGUUUAAAAAAUCACUUUUCUCUCGUGCUUUUAUUUUCUAAAACUGGCGAGUUCUCUUUCGCGCAGCGGAAGCCUUCACGCAAGAAAGAUCCAAAAAACUGCACAGUACGUUGCCCUUAGGUUUUGACCUUAGCACUGCACGUCAGAAUGCUACCGUCUUUUUUUCUACCGACGAUCCCCACAAAAACGAAAGCAUCCAAGUGCGUUGCAUUCAUUUAUGUAGUAUUGUUUGCUAUAAAGCCAACGUAAUAGCCCUCUGCGUCUGACACUGAAACUGUGUUUUUCUUUAUCCCCACACAUCGCUGCGCGAUUGAAAUGCACGCAAGCGGUACGCAGAGUCGGGCCGAGGCGGCCAAAGCAGCUCAAACGGGCUCGUUGUCGAAUCGGGCCAGGUUAGUGAGAGUUUCUCCACGAAAAGAGCGCCGCUCAAGACGGCGCACGCAAGAGUGGACACAUGUACGAGUGCCUUCAUUAGCGCGUUGUUAAGGGUCUAUAUUGCCGACCAGGUCAAGUGAGCGAGACGCCAAGUUUCGUUGAUUGGUCAGGUAAGACGCUUUUCCGUUUACGAGCUGCUACCGUGGGUGUGGAACCAAAUGCUCCCUUGGAGAUGAGACCGUAUGCACUGCCCUGCAAGCAAGUCCAAUGAGCUUUCUCCAUAGUGCUAGUCAGUGCUGACCACCGCAAGCACCGCAUCACUGCGGCCCGAUUGGAGCUUCAUUUGGCGUGCACUGCGGCGGUUAUUAAUGCUGGUGAGAUGGGGCGACAUGCUGGAUUCUGACGUUGUUGUUGGUGUCGUUGUUGAUGUCGUUGUUGUCGUUUCGAAAACCCAACCGCAGUAGCAAGUCGCAACUCAAGACCACUGCAUUUCUUUUUCCUUUCUUUUUUUUCCUCCUUUCUUUUCAUUAAAUGACGCCAUCUCACGCUAAGACUUCGUGCACGCUAAAAGAUCGCACCGUACAGGGCGUAGCUAGUCUAGCGGUUUCGUAGGAAUGCGCAGGUAUACAUACACAAGUCGUUCAUCUAUAGAUGAACAACUCUUGAUAAUCUAUAAGUUGUUCAUUUGAUGAGCAACAGCAUUCCACCGCAAUCGCACUCCCACACAAGGUGUGAUGGCGCUGCGCCUUAACUGACGUAGGACCUUACGACACGCCUUUUCUUUCUCCUUUUCGUAUUUGUUUGAUGUAAGGAAAACCGCAAUCUUUUUAGGUACGCUGCUAAGCUAUGCUAUCUGAUCUCCAAAAUGCACCAUCUGAUAUUUUGUUGCGUAGUACUGAAACUCACUUCAAUACGUUCUCUCCAUUUUAGUCAAGUUGUAAUACUGCAAUCGUCCUUUCCUGUUAUCUUUUAAUAGGUUGUAAAUAAAUUAUAUUACUCCACUUGCCUAUUUUAUUCUUCCUAGUUUGGAACGGAAAAUAAGAAAGAAAAAACUGUUAGUGCUAGUGUGGAACAGUACAACAUUCAGGCUGUGGAUGUGGCCCCUCAGUAAAGUCACUGAUCACCUUUUCCGCAAACACCUCAUUUAGUUAUCGCACAAGCCAGCAUUCCUGCUGACUUGUGGCCUUGCCUGUACGUUGCGUUCACUCCAUGCUGGACCUAUCUCUCACGCGGCAGCUAUCUAAUAUGUUUAUUUUACUGUUCGGAAUCACCGUAUUUUUUUGUUCUUGGCCUUAGCAACACUCCAUACAUGCACUACAGAAAGAUAUUUCGUUGCCGUUUUUGUUCUUAACCGUUGAGCGCGCAAUACGCCUCCAACGUUCGCAUUAUCGACCAAUCACAAUGCUGAAAACAUUCCUCUUCGCUUGCUGUGGAUUUCACAUUUAACGCCCCUCAACGUGGUUUUCGCUUCGUUUUUUCUUAGUAGUAUUAUUAUUAUUGCUUUUAACCAUUCCUUCUGCACCGCAGUGUUAUUCUACGCUUUUAACAGUGGUACCUCUCUUUCUUUCUGUUUCAUACACUGCUUUUCACCGAGUUUGACUCUUCGCAGGGACGAGCAUUCCUUUCUUUUCAUAACUCUUUUAUGACACUUCACUCGUGGUGGCUUACGCGCUAGUGUGCACACGUCCUGGCCCUACUGAGACUAUCUUUCAGCAACGCUUACUUCCACUGUCCUUAGACUUCCCGUUCAUUUCGAUUUGCAACCGAGACACCUAGUCGAUGGUUGCAGGGUGCGCGGCACGACACUGUCUCAGCUAAAGUUCUGGUGCUAUUGCCGGUGAAGUGAGACAGUUUUAUCAUAAGGCUGUUCCCGUAAAUGCAAUUAUUCGUAGCCCCAAUGAUCUCCUCAAGAUGAUUAGACGCAAAGGUAAUGGGAUGCGAGGCUGAUGGCGCUGCUUCAAUCAUGUAUAAGACUAAGCAGUCAGUAUGGAUACGACUAAUCGCUGCACAAGCAAGUUAGGCCACGAAAGGUUUAUAAUUUCUUUCGCGCACCACCUUGACGCGUAUGUGAGUUAAACACAUUAAAAGUGUAAAGAAAGAAAAAGAAAACUGGCAGUGCACAGGUGGACGAUUAUUAAAGAUUGCCAGCACUGCUAGAUUGUUAGGUUUCUGAAUCUUGCCGUCUUUUCCCUGCUGGCUCGGGCCUUAUUCGAGGCCGCUCGUCUGCGCCUACAAGCGUGACACACUUUGGUUUUGAUUUGCAGCAUGUGUAACGGUGCUCGGAAAGGUAUUUAUGCCCCAGUUUUGUGCUGCAGAUUCGUAUAAUCAGCGUGAAAUGUUCAGCUCUGCAUAGUAUUGCGCCACUUCUUGCUUCUAGCCAACGAAUCCACAAUGAAUGGCUGUCGCGAGGGCUCCAACGUUGCGCACAUAGUAGUACGUACUGUGUUGGCGCUUUGCCCGGUAGCAUUCCAAGCUGGGUGAUGUUAUGACGCGGCGAGAGACCUGCUUGGGUAUACUUGGACGGUCGCAAUCACCAGGUGGCGGCGUUUGGUGCUCUUUUCCCGGAACUGAAGGGCACCCCGGCUAAGCGGACGUCAGGUGCGUGGAGAGUCUGGAAACCUACGGGGCACGUGUGGCACGCGGUAGCGGCGGCGUCUUCUGGGCCGGCAGAAAUAUCGCCCCAGCCCCGUCUCAACCUGCCCCGUCCCUUUGUUCCAUUCGCCGGCGCGCCUUCUUCAUGCGUGGCCGGCGCCAAGCUUUCUGCUGUGGUUAGUGGUGUCGUUGUUUGUAGCCGGUCGGUCCCACGGGGCCAGUCGGCGCGGUGCCAGACCCUGAGCUGCAUCGUGCGGAGUUGUGGGUGGCGACCGCCGGUUUAAUGUGUCCUGGACGGCGGCCCGACGACGUGUUUCUCAGUACUACACUCGCGCGUGUCACUUCCGCUCUGCGAGCUGCACACGUACAGACAGACAUACACGCACGCUUACACAGAGACACACAUACCAGGCGUUUUACGUAACUUGAAGCAAACUUUUUUUUUUUUUUGAAUGAGAUCAAGGGCGUAUUGUUCGUAGUCGUCCUGAGUUACUCAGAAUAUUUUGUUGAAGUGCGCUAAGUUGUUAGCCAAAUUUAGUUGUGUAAAUAUUUAAACAUUCGUUUUGCGCCAUAAGUCUGGUUGUACAAGUUGUAGGUGUACGACUUUUUAUUAAAGUUUGGUUCAGGUCACGUGAAGCACCCGCUGUAGUUAUAUAUACAGACAGGCGCGUACACACUAGGUCACAGACAUAUUCGCUCCCCACGUUGUGUGCUCGUCGCCCCUCAUAACCCUCUUUCUCAGCCCUUCUCCCGCGCAGAGUAGCAGGCUAGAAGAGUCUGCCUCAGGCCGUCCUCUCCGCCUUUCUUAAAGGGACACCAAACAGGAACGUGAAGUUUUGUAUUUGUAAAUUCUAGAGAAACCAAAGGACGCAACUUAGCAAGUUUUAGAAAACUUGUCCUGCGCCAGAACGAUCUAAAUACGAGAAUAUACUUUGAAAUCCGUGUCGUCCACUGACGUACCGGCGCUCAGGUCCCGGCGCUACAUUUAAAAGUCAAGUUCGGCCUUCAUAUUUUGUAGUAAUGAUCAACCUUUUCCGCUAAAUGAAUGAAAAUAGGCUUUUCAAAGAAUAUUUUCAUACUGUACUGAUUUAGUGUCUGUCUUCAGUGUCCCUUUAAAUAAAUUUCCUAUGUACCUAUCAUGCACGCUGACCCAUAGACACACAUUCAUUAGGUCCACUCGGUUUAGCUACACUCCCUGCCUUUCCUCCCUCUCUCUCUGCACUAGUUCAGGGAGUGCAGCACUUUGGUCCUCCUUUGAGAGUGCAGCGCGCGCCCCUGCACUUCGCCCUUAGGUUUGACUUCGUGCCAGGAGCAGUUCAUUACGAAUUAACCGUUUCCCUGCACUCUCUACUUUGAAAGUGCCGGCGUCGUGCAAGCUAGUCGCCGCGCUAGUGGUGCGCAGAUGUGAAUUUCUCCCGCUGUGGUUACGACAGUCACUCUAGCUCCCAGAGGAACAGCGAGUUUGGUGUCUGGAUGGUUCACAGUACGCGUUCGUAAAGGAUUGUAAAGUGUUAAGUUUGCUUUCGUUCGAAUUGGUUUCUGAUAAUAUUCGUUUUCGGGCGAAAAAGUAGCAUCCGCGGGCCACCACUUAGUUGCCACUGCGUAUAGUACUACCACGAUAGAGAUUAUUGCGAUAACGAAAAAGUAUUCCUGAAAAAGGUCUUGGCCCCGCCCACAGCAGACGACAGAGCUCGCCCGUCGCUGCGCUUUGGUCCUCGAUUUGCAAGGCGCACGAGGUGCUCGCGAAACACGAACUCGUGCAGCACCGCGCGCCGCACUCUCGCGAACUGGCUAAGAAACGUGAAAGCAUCGGCUACUUGGUUAUUCAUAUUCAGGCGGGAACAGCGCUAAGUAGAGAGGUGAAGGCACAUAGAAAGCACGCAACGUGCCGUUUUCUACGUGCCUCCACCUUUCUGCCCGUGUCCUUAGCGCUGUUCCCGCCUGAAUAUGGCUCGGUAAGUGCGGUCAAAUCGAACAGUCCUUGCUGACACGCGCGCAUCUUGCCCCACGCUCAUCCCUCACCGUCAACCCUCAUGGCUCUCUCCCCUUCAGGCUCCCCAGCGCAGAGUAACGGGCCAGAGGUGUCUCCCUCGUACCGCCCUCUCUGCCAGUCGCAAAUGAAUUUCCUAUCUUGUCUAUCAACACACACACAUAACGACACGCUGUGACGAAUGUAUUUCGGUGUCUCUCUCUUGCUCUCUUGCACUGCGUUCAAGCUGUCGUGUGGUCGUUCGUUUGCGUUGCCUAUUCUCUUGCACGGAAUUGUAAAUUCUGUAUUGUACAUAUAUAUAUCUAUGCCACCGGUAUGACGAAAUAAAGUGUAUAUAUAAGGUCA